GGAUGGUUACACUGAGAAAGCCGACUUCCGGCGUGGCGUUCUAUCGCAGUGUUUGGGCGACUGUGCUCUGGAGCAAUGCGGCAGAAGUAUUAUAUUGAAGCGGCUGCUCGGGGUCUGGUGGGAAGCUGCCCCGGCCAGGCCCGCUACCUCCUGUGGGCCUACAGUUCGACACACGAGGAUAACAGCACUUUUCAGGAAACAUGUCCACACUGCUUCCAAUUGUUGGUUCUGGAUAAUUCUAGAGUGCGCCUCAAACCCAAAGCCAGAUUGACACCGAAGAUACAGAAACUUCUUAAUCGAGAAGCAAGAAAUGAUACACUCAGUUUUAAAGAAGCAAAGCUGUUGAGAAAGUACAGAGACUCCGCAAGUGUGCUGCUGAUUACCUGCAGAACAUGCAACAGAACGGUGAGACACCACGGUAAGAGUAGAAGCUUCCUGUCAGCACUGAGGAGCAGCCGCGCUGCCAGUGCUGCAAGCAAAGCCAGCCCCAAGACGCCAAAGAGAGCGGCUGCAGGCUCUGCAAACAUCAGUCAGAGUGUGCAUGGCUCCAAAGGCAGGAGCCCUUCCUCGACUGUCAGAACACCUACAUCUGGACAGUCAACACCCAUUUGCUCCUCAAGGAAUGGGAGCAAAAGAAAGAAACACUUCUCUCAACUAAAAGCACUGCUAAGUCAGAGUGCAUCUGACAAGAACCCAACGCUAGACUUCAGGCACUUCUUAUCUUCUCUGUGAAGAGAAUGGCCUCUGAAAGAAGGAACUGUCUAGUGCAGCUUCUGAAAUGGAAGUUAACAGCUUUUGUCCUCACUGUGAGAAGCAGGCUGUUCUCGCCAUCCUUCAGUGCUUAGGGGAAACGCCUCAUUAAACUGAGCAACUUGUGCCUCCCUGGGUGAAUGCGAAGAUCAAAAAGUAAAUGAGCACAGGUAGAGGUGCUGCUGCUGCUGCCAGGCCUACAGCCUGUAUUUCAUCUCCAGGACCGGACCAAUGGAGCAGAAAGAAUCCUGUUCUACAGGUUGUGCUCUGAGCUCCACACGAGUGCCCCUCACAGAAGAUGAAUAAAUGUAAUAAAGGGUUUUAUAAACUAAGACAGUUUUUAUGAUAAAAGGUAUAACGGGCACUGAAUGGUGGUAUUUAUUUUAGUUUUUGCAGUUUUAUUACCAUUUCUUUCAGAAGGAAACAAGGUUUCUCCCAUGUGUCAAUAACCAUUGCUAAUAUAGAAAAAUCAAAUGUAUUUCCUCAGCCAUAUGCAUAAUGAUAUUAGUAAACUCUGAAAGCUAAAGUAAAUACCUGCCCCCUCCAUGCCUGUUCUAGAGAUUAAGCUCGGGGCCUUGCGUGCUGAGCGAGCGCUGUGCAAAGCAAGCAGGCUAACAAGCGUAGGCACUGCGGCAGCAGCCAGGCCAGCCCUGCCUUGUGUGUCUGCAAAGUCCACCCUGUUACUACUGAGCCUCUCCUGACUUAGAUCUGAAGAGAAAGGGGAUUAUGCAGUGUGUUUUAGGCAGCGUAUGCCUUCGUACUGGUCAUUAGAGAUUGCUUGGCACUGCCCUGAAAUCGUGAGCAAUCCAUCACACCUUUCUCCCAGACUGACAAUAAACACUUUAGUUCUGUUCAGUUGCACUGAGCGGAUGGGACUGCACAAGAGCUGCGUUUACCUGUGCGAAGCACGACCCCUGGUCCUUCUAAGGGGAGUAUGAUACAAGUGCGUCACUGGGGAGUCCUUCAA